UUAUCAGAUAUGUCAAAAUUAGGCGGCGUUCAUCGCGAAAAUUGAUUUCUGUGGCAACAAAUAAAUUUGACCUGUGCAAAUUUGGAUAAGAUUUUCAUGUUUGUUUUUGAAAUACACCACGGGAAUGCCAUAUAUAAAAAUCACUCAGGACAUGUUCAAUAACAUUGAAUACGAUAGAGCAGUUAUUGGACAAAGUGAAAAGUUAACUGGAAAGAUGGCCAACGCGAGCGAGUGUACACCCACUGUUCUUAUCGUUGCUGAUAAAGGCGAUCUUAACGCGGCAGCUUACCAUUUGGCCCGAUCACUGCAAUACCCAUUUGCGCCUGAAGUUAUUGUUACUGUGCUCGUUGCUGAGUCGACUCGUCCUGCAUUCCUGGAGCGGCUGCAGGCUCUGUUAAAGCCGAUCCCAGCUGACGUAUCUCAACAUGCUGAGCGUAACAAGAUUUUGGCCCUUAUAGCUAAACAUAAUUGGGAAACCAUUUCUAUACCAGAGUUUGGAGCAAACUCUCCUGUAAUAGUGUGUGAUGUCACACAUGAACAUUUAGGAAAUGGUUACAACGGCGUCGUGACACUUCAUACAUUUCGAACUAUACAAGAGUCUAUCAGCUUAUGCGUGAAAGAAUCUAUAAAACCAGUAAAUGCAUCGAUUUGGUCUAGUAAUCAUGCAAGCGCUUACGAAAUAGGUUUGAAGAUACCGUGUAUCAACAUCUUCAUUGAUUGCUAUCAAGUCUCACUGGAGCCAUUGAAAACGACCAAUGCGACUACGGGAACUGGAACCUGUGCUUUGGUAGAGCAGAAUUACCAUUACGAAACACUCAAGCUGCAGAAUGGAGCUAAGAACGUGGUUUUUCCUAUAGGAACAGCUAUUGCAAAUUAAAAAAGGCCCGUGAGUUAUGCGGACUGAAACUUUUUAAAAUAAUUUCGUUCUUGUAUACAUCAAUUAAUUUUAAAUGUUUUUAUACCUGUGAAUAACACGUCUUCCAAAAUAAUGUAAUAAAUAAAUUAAAAAUAUA